UAUUGCAUUUUUGCUUAUAGAAUGAUAUUAGGAUAUAAUCUUAUCCUUGUUGUUAUACUUUUUAUCCAACAAAAUGUUCAAGGUCAGAUUUGCAGUGAAUUUUCAGAGUUUAAAUGCUUCUGGGAUGGAGCUUGUAUUCCGAAUGAAUUGAAAUGCGACGGAAGAUUUGACUGCGCUAAAGGAGAGGAUGAAACUGAAUGGUUUGCUGAAUGCUCCAAUUGCUCAGCCAUUGGUAAAUUUCAUUGUCACAAAGAAAGUGGUCAAGUUUGCAUCAGCAGGGAUUACAUGUGUGACGAUUAUAGUGAUUGCCUGCACGAAGAAGAUGAAAGUUAUGAAUUUGCAAAAUGUCCGAAGAAAUGUAAAGCUAACUUGGAAAAAGCGGCACUUGUUGGAAGACCAGCAUGUCGAAAAAAAUGCAGAAUCAAUAAAGAUUGUAAAAAGAAAUGUAAAAAAGGACAAGAUUGCUCCAAAAUUGAGAAGAAGAAAUGUGUUUGCGAUCAUGAAUGUGGAAUGUCUUGCGUUGCCAUUUUAAGAACAUGUCCUCCACUUAAAAUGAUUCCAAAUCUACGUCAUAUCCGGUAUGUGCGUCGAAGUCGCCACACAAACAAGCUCGAAGAUGCAGUAGGACCAUAUAAAUACGAUGUCCGGGCUUAUCAUACCUGCGAACCGGGGUAUCUCGCGGUUCCUAGUAAUGUUAGAUUUUGUCACGGAAGAGCGAGAGGGGAAAAUAAAACGUGGACAAAAGAGAUUUUAUGCACAAGAUCUUGUCCUAUGAAAGAAGAAGACAAGAUCAAAGAAUACGAGUUAUCGUGCGGUUUAGAUUGUAUAACAGAUGGAGAUUGUGCUGCAGGGAAAACUUGCCAGUGUGACGACCCCUGUGGAAGAACAUGCGUCGACUUGAAGAUAGAAUGUGGUGAUGCACCACCUGCUGAAAACUCAUUCAUCGAAUACACCGGGGAAGGAUUUGAACGCGUGGCUCAUUAUAUUUGUAACGAGGGAACAUAUACUGCAGCGGGGGAUGGUUCUAGAGAGUGCACAGGGAGUGGAAAAUGGGGAGGAAAACUGAUACAAUGCAAGCGUGUAACAUGUCAAGAUCCAGUACCAGCUAUAUCAAAGAUGGGUGGACGCGUCCUUAAUUAUGAACACACUACUGCAUAUUACUACAACGCAACGUUGAUGUUUGCAUGUGGAUCUGAUCAAAGACUGUUGGGUUCUGAAAUACGAACAUGCAUGGGAGAUGGAAAAUGGAGCGGCGUCAACACAGUGUGUGAUAACAUAGGAAACCUGGAACGUUGUCCACAUCUCGGCAUUCCAAUCGGUGGUUACAUGAAAGGAUUCGCAGGAGAUUAUGAUUUCGUUGUUGGAGCAAAAGUCGAAUUUUCAUGCCAGGAUGGCCUUGUUUUAGUCGGAGAAAGAAAACAAAAAUGCCUCUUUGUUAAAGAAUGGAGUGGUGAUGGCGCGCCUGAUUGCGUAGUGAUUUGCCAACAGAUGUCAUCAAUAAAUUGUCUCAAAGCACAUCAAACAUCAGACAAACUGAAAAUUUUUCUAGCUCGGGAAGAACAAUCCAACUAA